UGACGCAGGCAGAAUUUCGUGCGGCUGAUUUUCCAGGGUCAUAACAAGACAAUCUUGAAUUCCGUUGUGCUUGACAUUUAAUUACAUUACAAAUGGCUCUUGCUGAUCUGUUGUCCUCCCUCCUCCCAACUGUCUAUGCUGAAGAAGAGCAGCAUGAAGAGCAACCCGAAGAGCCCGUCGAGGAAGUAGAAGAGGAGGAGCCAGAGGAUCCCAAGGAAGCUAUCAUGGAAGAAUGCGGUAACUCCAAGGAGUGCGCCAGCCUCAAGCAUCAUUUGGAAGAAUGCGCAGAACGUGUUGAGAACGGUUCCCAUGAGGACUGCAUAGAAGAGUUCUUCCACUUCAUGCACUGCGCCGAUGUCUGCGCUGCCCCCAAGGUCUUUGAAGCUACCGUUUAAAGUAUCUUUCAUUAAAAACACAUCCUGUAGAACAUUUUUUUACUUAUAAAAAAAAUCAUAAAGAAUUUCACCAAAAACAGCGAAAGACGUGGGAUGUUUGUUCAAACGUGAUGUGUUCCACUGCAACAAAGCUUGUAUUAUCGCGCUUCAUCCCAAGAUCGAUCUUUGCCAUUGUUUUGUUCUGCAC